UAACCUAUGAUUGGAUGCACAACCCUUAUUCAAAAGUAAAAGAUACUGCAUAAGAAGUGUUUAUCAUCACUUUUAAAAGUUAAUAAGCCCAUUUAUUUGCCUUCAAACUAUGCAUGAUUGUAUUGCCUUAUUUUUAUUUGCAUGUAUCAUUUUGGGGUCAUGACCCAGUUGAGAACCACUGCAUUAGAUAGGCCCUAUAAAGGUUUGUGACUCUGUUAUGAUUUUAAUUUGUACGGAGAGAUUCACACAUCUAACACAAGGCAGAUAUUGACAUGCGCUGAACCUCCCUUCAGCGGGUUCAUUUCUCCUGAGAGACUCUUAAGACUGUAAGGACUGAACUCACCAUCCUACAGGAAGUGGCAUCAUACAGACAGCCACAUUUCAACAGUUCUCGUCUAACUUCACUUAUAUAUAUGAUAAAACAAUGGAUCUUCAAACAAGCAACAUAAAGCUGUUUUCACUUCUGUCUCUUGCACUGCACUGCUUUUUCUGGAAGACUUCUUUGAACGUCUCUGUGCUGCAAGGUCAAAAUGUCACACUGAGCUGCCCACUGAUGCCCAACAGCAGCCAGGGGGUUUUGAGCUGGUACAAACAGACCCCCGGGCAGGGGCCAGAGUUGAUCCUCUCCUACAAUGUGACCAACACUUCACAGGUGCGCUACGGCACGCGACUGGACCAGAGCAGAUAUGCCAUCUUAACCAGGGAAGGGUUAAAGCUCCGUCACCUCUUACAAAUCAUCACAACUUUGCGUAAUGACACUGGCACUUAUUAUUGCGGGUUUUCAGACAAAAACCAUACGCAAAUAUUUUACAAUUGAACACAAAUGCUUGAAUAUUCAACAAUAUUAUUGAUCUGACUGUACUGACGCUGUUGUGUGAGAACUGAGCUGGACAAUGACAUCUUUUAUUUGCAGAACUUUAAAGAUUAAAUGAACUAAUGUAAUAAUUGAUGAUCUUUACAACG